UUACUAAUUUUGUCUUCAAUAUGUCUAUAUCAAAGAAUAAUGCAUUGAUUAGAUUAGUGAAAAAGAACAUAGCUGGUGGGUUUGAAAGAAAAGAUUCAUUACCCACACCAGGAACUAGAUUUGAAAAAUUGGGAACUAUUUUUUCAAGAGUUACUGGUCUUAUUAGAAGUGGAGUUAUGGUACAAGAUGAUAUACCAAUAUGGUAUUUGGUAUACAAAAGAUUUCCUCCGAAGUACGAGCCCCAUUACAGCAGACCUCCUUUAGACAUUCAAGUAAAGGAUAUCUAUUAUCCUGAGGACAAGUUGCGUGCAUCAAUGAAGAGGUGGGAAACUUUAGAUUUAAAAAGCACGUCUCCUAAUGCUAGUCAAAAGCUUGUGGCCUCAUUCAAAGAGAAGAGAUCUUCCACUUCAAAUGAUGCUGCUCUAAUUGCAGAACUCCUUGCUGUCAAAAAUGAAGGAAAUGUUAAUCGAAAUGGUUAAUGUGCCGUACACUGGAAAAUAAUAACAAAAAAGUAGCUUCUUAUGAUUUAUUUUGUUAGCUUUGUAAAUUGAACUUAAAUAUUAAAACACAUUUUCUUUACCAUAA